UUUGACUAUUAAGACCGUUAAAUCACUUGUUUUCAGAGGGGAAACCUAUUUGGUUUUCUGGUUUUUGGUUUUUUUUUUUAAGCAAGUCAAGAUACUUUUGGGAAAUUAUACAGCCCAGAACUGUAUAAGAUACCUUAUAGUACUUCACAUAGCAAACAGGUCACACAUCAAGGUGUGACUGUGGUUUUCCUUUAGUUUUGGGUUUCUUUGGUCUUUUGCAAGUGUUAAAGAACGCUAAUUACUUUAGUCUAAAUUAUAAUCAAUCCAGCUUUUUAGAAUUAGUUUCUUAGCAUUAGGCUGUAAAAAUGAACUAUGGGUGAAGCCUCUUGAAACUGCAAAAAGCUGGACCCAGCAGGUCUUGCUCAGCAUCAGCACCUGAGUUGGUGAAGCCUCGGGCUGAAAGCUUUGAGCUUCUCACCUGGAUGUGAUGAACUCAUCCUGAGCUUUUACUGAGUUACACACAAGAAGGACCCAGAGUUGGUUCAAGCUGGAAGGUAAGGAUGCUCCAAGCAGCUGCAAACCUUGAAGAUAAGAAAAGAGAUAAGAUAAGAGAGAAGCAAAUAUAAGAAAAGGCCUGCCAAGAGACAAGGAAAAGAACCAAAUGAAGAAUGAGAGGAUCCCAGCCCCUAAAACAACACUGUUAUGUGGACAGCACGUGAAGAGCACAUGGGGGGUGGGAACUUGGAUUAUAAGGAUGUUGUUGCCCAGGAAUUUUUUAGUUUGGAGUCCUUUGUCUGGUGUUAUGCUAUCAGUAAAUGAACUUGAAGUACUCCACCAGCCUAGGGUGGAGCCAACAGGAGGAAGAUGGCAAAGAGUGAGUGAGUGGGUAUAUAAGAGAUACCCAAGGGGUGUCUGUCUGGUUCGCCUGCUGUGCACACCCUUUGGUCCUUGCCGCUGGAAUGAAUAUGACUCCCUGGUGGGAUAUUCUGCCACGCUUGGGACACAGCUGGCUGAUCUACACCUUCAUAACCAGCAACUUGGAGAAAAGCUGAAGAAAGAAGAAAGCACAGUUGGUAAAGGUCAAGGCCAAAUGGAAGUCCAGUUUGUGGAACAGUUUGGCUUUCAUACAGUUACCUGCUGUGGCUAUCUCCCACAGGUGAAUGACUGGCAGAAGGACUGGGUGACUUUCUUUGCCAAACAAAGAAUCCAGCCCCAGAUGGACCUAAUCGAGAAGAAUUCAGGAGACAGGGAAGCAAGAGAACUUUGGGCACAACUUCAGCUGAAGAUACCGAGUUUAUUCUGUGAUGUAGAAAUUGUUCCUGCUCUGCUGCAUGGAGAUCUCUGGGGUGGGAAUGUGGCUGAAGAUGAUUCAGGUCCAGUUAUCUUCGAUCCUGCUUCUUUCUACGGCCAUUCAGAGUACGAGCUGGCAAUAGCUGGGAUGUUUGGUGGCUUCAGCAGUUCUUUUUACUCUGCUUAUCACAGUAAAAUCCCCAAAGCUGCAGGGUUUGAGAAGCGUCUAAAGCUUUAUCAGCUUUUUCACUACAUGAACCAUUGGAACCAUUUUGGUACAGGGUACAGAGGGUCUUCUCUAAAUAUCAUGAGAAACCUUAUCAAGUGACUUUUUGCUUGAGCAGAAUGCUUCCUGCAUUGCUUGGAAAACCCUGUACUUGGUGAUGUGACUCCAGGAGUAGUAAUGUUAAAAAAAGCUCCUAGCCCCUUGACACUGAUGCAGAGCUAAAGAGCUAGAAUAGUGAGUCCUGCCAAAUACCAGCUGUAAUGUAGUCAUCCCUUUUUAGGAUAGCUCAGAAUACUUUAUGAAGAAAAUACCUGAAGAAGGAGUUUAUUCAGUUGCACAGAAGAUCUGUUGAUGUCCAGAAAGUCACUGUACGCUUGUGACUGGGCAAGUUAAUACCAACUGAGCACUCAAGUGUAAAUUAUUUGGAAGAAGUACUGUUCCUGGGGACCAGUAGUCCCUCAGAGCAGAGAAAUACCAGGGUUUGUAUUUGUACCCUAAUAGGAAACAUUGGAGAACUAUUGGUGAAGGGAAGAAUCACUUUUCUCAGUUUCUGAGGGGGUAGCUAAAAGCCUGCUCGGUGCUUUUUGCUCUGUGUGCCCCCACCCCGACUCUUUACGAUUGGUUGCUCAGACUUUUCCAGCUUUUCAUGUACAGUUAUGUGCAUGAAAACAGUGUUAACUAAAUAUUUCGAAAGUCACAAGGAAAUUAUACAGUAACUGUAUAAUGAAUCAUGAUUUGGACUUGCUGUUCAUUUGCUAAUGUGAUUUUAUUGGAUGGAGACUACUCCGUAUUCUGUACAAAGCUGUGUGAAAAAGCUUCUAAUUUGUGCUGGUAUAUGCAUUUUGGUGCCUCCUGGCAUUCAUGAGGGUGGUUCUGUGCUUGUUGGCCAGUGGGCUCUUGUCUACGGCAAUUCUGUUUUCACCAGAACUAUUGUCCUUGGUUUGGAUUAUGCUUUUGUGCAAUAGCGUGCAUUCUUAAAGAUCUUCUCAGGUAAGACACUUUACAUGUGCACAUCCUCUGGAGAUCUGCGCUCUCACUAAUGCAAACAGAAGAUGUGCUUUUUGACUGUUUGUUGCCCACAGGAUAAUGCUGUCUGGUCAUGGUGUGGGCUGCACGUACGUUUUCUGUAGCAUAGAGUUGCCAUAUGCCAAUGUUCUUCCUCUGUCCCCACAAAGUGCGCUCUGUAGCUCUUGGGAGAAAAGACAUGAAACCAAAGGAAGUUAAAAUGCAUUCUAACCUACAGAGAAGCAGCUCUAUAUUGCUGUCAGAAGUUUCUUAAGGACAGCGUGCAUACUGGCUGUUUCUUGUACCUCCAGGAUGAUAAAGUUGUAAUGAUAUCACAGUGCAAGCAUAGCAGGUAGGUGAGAGAGAGAUGCAUGAUUCCUGGUGUGCAUUUUGAGCAUUUGGGUGUGACUAUAAUUAAUUUAAAACAUUUUUUCACUGGAUUUUGAUAGAUUACUGAGGAGUGGCUGGUUUUGCAGUUAUUUAUAAGAACUGGAAGCAAGUUUAGAGAAGACACUAACAUGCUAUAACUUUCUAUCCUUAAUCCUACUCUCCCUGGCUGUUUAACUUCUGCUACAAAGAGCUUGGAAGUCCUUGCUUGGUAGAAUCACUUUUACUUUGUUGCUUCAAUAAAAAGUUUCCCCAUUGAUUCUUGUUGCCUCUGUUUUCUGAAUUAAAACCAUACAGCUGGUUUCUGAUCUGGGGAGCUACUCUGACCUGUGAAGGGUCCCUGCUUUGUUAGGCAGUUAUGGGCAACAAAGGUGCUGAUGGGAAAUUGGUCAUGGAUUUCCAUCUGGAGCAGCAUGUUGCUGAAGGAAUGUGCAUGUGGUUUGGUUAUGGUGUCAUUCGAGGUCCUGCCUGUGCUUCAACCUUGAUGUAUUGUACUGGCUGUUUGGAUGGUGUUGAUGAAAUACUAUGUCUGUAUCCUUACCCCUUUCACCCAAACUUCUCAAUGCUUGGUGCAGUUGAUUGGAGGAAUGCUGUGGAAUUGCAGCCAGCAGUCAGUCUAGUGAGCUCCUCUCACUAUUCAUUUCCAUACACCUUCAUAAUACAGUUAGGACUGAUUUAACAAGUCUGCUCGAGUUACAAAUCCUCAAGAAAUCAGCAUGUUUAUUUUGCUAGAAUAUGCAAAUACUUCUAUAAUUAGAAGGUCAAAAGUCAUAAUGGAGAUGGAUUUUUGGUUCAGUCAUAGACCUGAUUGAUGAACAGUUUUCAAAGGUCACCUUUUGUGUGCAGGGAGUGUAAAUAGAAACAACUGGAUUUAGAGUUUUAAUUUAAGAGGUAUUAUGCUCACUUUUUCAAAAACAUUUUUUUUGUUACAAUUUGCUUUUCCUUCUUGUAUAUUCCUUCCUCUUGGCUCCCACUCUGCAGUCUAAAUCUGGCAAGCAUAUUUCCUUGAAGCUGUGCUCUCAUUCCAUAUCUCCUGAAAAUUGUAAUAUCCUCUCAUGCUGUUUCUAAAUCUUUUCUCAAGAGACAUCACAAUACGUGUGUCACAUGUGUAAACUAAUGUAUCUCAACCCAUUUGUUUUUAAUGCUUUGAAAACCAUAGCUCUUACAUUUAAUUUAAACUAAAUUUUUAAAUUAAUUUCUUAAGGAAUUAAUUAGUGGGUUGAGAUAUGAUUGUGCAUAAUUUUAAUAACAUCAGCAUCUCCCUUGGAGAGAAGUUAGGAGAGGGGAAUAGUCUUGCUUUUAUUGUGUACCUUCAGAAAAUUACACCUUUAACAAUAAACUGCAUCCCUAAACAAAUACAUGGAAUGGUGAACCUCUAUUCCAAACGCUCUGCGCUGAGAUGCAUAGAUUUAUAGAAUCAUAGGAUGGUUUGUGUCGGAAGGGACCUUUAGAGGUCAUCUAGUCUAACACCCCCUGCGCUGAAUAGAGAGAGCUUCAGGUAGAUCAGAUGGCUCAGAGCCCUGUCUAGCCUGACCUUGAAUGUUUCCAGAGAUGAGGCUUCUAACGCCACACUGGGCAAACCCUUAUCAUAAAAUAUUGGUUUAAGAAAGACGGAUCCUGCUUAACCAACCUAAUCUGCUUUUACAACACUCAUCUCUCAUUUCUGUUUGGUAGAUUCAUUGAGCCUGGAAAGACAAUAAAAUGUUCAAUCCAUUCUCCACACAUCGCUGCCGUGUGUCACCCGCUUAACUUACACACUAAUACCAAAAUGUCCUAUAUCAAAUGACUUGCAUACAUAUGUCACUUGAUAUAAUAUACAGUUCUAUUAGGGUUGACUAAGGUUCCAUACUGUGAAUUUAAAGCCCUGUUCAAUGGCAGUAUCUGAACUGCUCAGAUUCUCCUCUAGGGGUUAUCUUACGUUGCUUAAAACCAGAAAACUCAAGUAACAAUUGCUAAUAGAAAAUGCAGGUUUAUGUUUUACCUUAAAGAAGGAUGGAAACCAGAAAUCUCCACUAGCUGGGAACAGGGCUAGUAACUGGAACACUAAAACACGGACUGUUGUUAGCGAUUCAGAAAAUACGGAAAAAGUACAAGGUCUAACACAGAAAAAAAAAAAAAGAAACUGCCUGUAACCCUUUUUAUUUAACAAAUUAGGAAAAUCAACAAUCAUCACCUUCAAAAUAGUCCCCUUCUGAGUUGACACACAGCUGCAUACAACACAGCUGCAUGCCACCAAUGUUCAAAGCAAUUCCACAGAUAAUUUCCUGACAGAUUGUUCAGGAUCUCCACUGUUUUUGCUUUCACGUCUUCUGCCAACAACUUUCACCCAAUUACAUAAAAAAGAAUAAUAUGAAACUCUAGUGUGUUUAUUUUUCUUAUUGAUUAAUAAUAGAUUUUAACCAGUUGAAUCUACGCAUGAAACACUGAUUUGUAUUAUUUUAAAAGUAUAUAUGUAUUUUAACAUUACAAACAUUAUGAAAUGUGUUGUUUAUUCAUUUAAUCUUUAGAUUAAAGAUCAAAAACAUUGAGUACCAAAUAUAGUUGUUCAGCUUUGAAAGGAAAACUGAUUUUGUUAAGAGUUUACUCUCAGUAAAAGGGAUUUGAUCCUUUCUUUCUUACAUUAUUUUAUACUGUUUUCCUUGUUCUCUAUUUUCUGAUUAAUUGUCUAUAAUUACCAGCUUGCCCUUAAAGAGAUAGAUGUGAAUUUUCACUUUCUUGCUAAAACAUACCUGGUAGCUAGUUUUUGUUCAAGUAACUUGAAUCUCAAAUGACUUGUAUUUGAGGAUGGUGAUAUAAAAAAACAUCUCAUGCUAAUAUUAACACAAAGAGAAGGAAUGUUUUUCAAGAAAGAGAUGUAAUUAUAAAUUCUAAUAAUUUAUUGAAUUUAUUAUUUCCAGGUGGAUCGCCUUAGUAAAUUACAUCAGAGGCUUGUAGCAGCGCAUAUGAAGGAUAAAAAUGCUUGAUCAAUUUAAAUUACUUUAUUAUAUCACAGAUCCAAGAUAGUGUUGGUGCACAUAUGUUUCUUUAAUAGAUUAAACUGUUACAAUAAGGUAUAGCUGGAAAAACAGAUCAACUUAAAGGUAAGUUUCAUGUAUUUCCAUAUAAAGAGUUUCUGAAAUCCUUUGUCAUUGUUACACAGCAUUAUGUUCAAGAAAAUGGUGCAUAACUGAGGUUAUUUUAACACUUAGAGGAUUCAGUGGAUAUUUAAUAUUUCUAUAAAGUUCUGUAAUUGUUAAUUUUUAGUUAUUUAUAAAAUUGUACUUCUAUCUCUGUGUUCCAUUUCAGCUUGUCCAGACUUCUUAGUACAGCUGUAGAUCCUAGUCAUGAACAGUAUUAGGUUGUUUAUAUCUAGUGGAUAAAAUGAGAUAAGAGAUGCUGUGAUUGCCAGGACACAGCAAGCAGCUGGGGCUAGUAAUAAGAAUCUGGCUGGCACAUAAAUAUGUUUGAAGAUCCAGUCGAUGGUGUUACUUUAAAUGUGAUUCAUUCUUUUAAGUUGUCUUUAUUUCCCAGUUCUGCUGAAAUGGUUCAAAUAUAUUGAAAUUUAUAGAAUUUGUUUCGCUUUUAACGUUAGUGAAUUAGAAUUUGCAGAAGUGUGACAUAGGUGGCUGAAGAAAGCCAGUCUGAGCUGUAGCAUUCCCAACCUAAUACCUUUGUAGUAUCAUAUGACAUAGCAAGACUCAUGGUAGAUAUACUGCACAAAGAUUUCCAGAGGAGCCCUUUCAGACACAUAUACAAUUCUUUUAUUGUGGAGUCUUCCUCAACUUACAGCAGAAAACUGCAUAUUGCUCUGGUCCUUUUUCCAAGUUUCACCAUCCAGGGGUUGCAGUCAGUCCUCACACAGAUUGAACAUGUGUUUAUAAAUAGUUUACUGAAGAGAUUUUCUUUCAACCAUGUUUUGGCCUUUGUGUGAUUAUAUGGAUAUUAACUGGUUUGGAUUUGUUGUUUUUUUGGUUUGGUUUUUUUUUUAUUUUGUGGGGUUUUUUUGUUUGUUUUGUUCUCUCACAGCUCAUGAUCAUACAAUCACGGACUUACAGACUCCUACAAUGCUUUUGGUUGGAAGGGACGUUAAAGAUCAUACAGUUCCAACCUCCCUGCAACAGGCAAGGACACUUCCCACUAGACGAGGCAGCUCAAGGCUCCAUCCAACCUGGCCUUGAACACUUCUAGGGAUGGGGCAGCCACAGCUUCCCUGGGCAACCUGUGCCAGUGUCUCACCACUGUCAUUGUGAAGAAAUUCUUCCUUAUGUCUAGUCUAAAUGUGUCCCUCUCCAGUUUAUACCCAUUCACCCUCAUCCUAUCACUACCUGACCUUGUGAAGUGGCCUCCCCCAGCUUUCUUGUACUUCCCCUUCAGGUGCUGGAAGGCUGCUAUUAGGUCUUCCCAGAACCUUCUCUUCUCCAGGCUGAACAACCACGACUCUCUCAAGCCUGUCCUCAUCGCAGAUGUGCUCCAGCCCUCUGAUUGUAUCCAUGGCCCUCCCAUGGACCCAUCCUAGCAGUUCCAUAUCCUUCUUGUGCUGGAGAUUCCAGAACUGCACAGCACACUCCAGGUUGGUUCUCACUUUAAAUAAACAUUUAAAGAUUUGAUCUUGAAAAUAAUAACAACUCACAUUCUAUAUGAAAUACAGCAGAAGUUGAUAAACAACAUGUGAGAUAGGAGAAAAGAGUUAAUUGAAUCUGUUACGCUUCACUUCAAGACCUGAUGUUCCACUUCCUAGGCCAGUCAAGUAGGUAGAUCUUUCCCCUAGUAUAUCUGAUAAAGUCUUGCAUGUUUACACAUAUAUAUUCCCAAAAUGUCAUUACACACUGUAUUUUCUUUUGUAAAAAGCCUGGGUUAGCAAUUUAUUUUUUUAAAUAAAAAAGAAUGCUAAUCCUGAUUUGAACUAGGACUCUUUCCUACCACAUUUAAGGUAGGAAAUCGGGCUUGCCAUGCCUCCGUUUUUUCCCAUGUAGCUGUUGCAAAUGACAUCACAGAAAUUAACCAAGUUAAAAGUAAAUUUUUAGCAUGCUUUUGGUUUAAGUUUUUGGAUGUCUGUGUGUGUAGUUCAACAAAAUUAUCUUAGUGACUAUGGUUGAACAGUGCCCUACAAGCUGUUGUGCUGGUAAAACUGCACGGGUGGCACUCUGAAGUGCAGAGAGAAGGAGGGGUAAAGACUGCUGGCAAAGAUUCCUUAAUGUAGUUCAAUGAAAGAAAUAUGUACCUGUCCCAUUUGUUACAGGCACGGAAUAAGGAAUUAACGGUGUCUUUCUUUCAUAUUUUGUUUGCAGUUCUACCCAUGCUAAAUAUUUUUUUAAAUAUUUCUACCAGAAUUUACCCUCAGUUUUCAUGGAACAUUCCUGCUUUAACCAUCUCUAAUUUCUUCAGUAUUUUCGCUUUUGAUUUUGGAGCAGGAUCCUGAAAAUAUCCCUUAACAUAUAAUUUGGACUGUAAUAGCCAUAAUACUUCAUUUAUUUAAAAGGAGAUCCAAAUUUCAUUUAAUAAAAAAGAUACAACCCCCUCUCCCCGGCCCAAACUAAAUCAAACUCAAAAAUAAAACCUGUGCUUUAACAGAACAGUUUGUAUCAGGAUAAAGUGUUUGGUGAAAUUGGUUAGAUUUGCUGUGUUCAGCCUCCUGUGUGUAUAUAAAAGAAACAGUGUCUUCCAAACUUCAUCUGCUUGUCUAGAAUAGAAGGAUGUUAAUUGUUAAAAAAAUGAGAAACGUGGCACUUCUUUGUAUAAGUAGUUCAAUUUUUGAAGGAAAUAGGAAAAAAUCUUUAAUGCUGUAUAGACUUUGGUAUGUACUGCCAAGAGGAUAAAACCCAGAUAUGGGCCAUAUUUUCAUUUUCUGAGUUGUCAGAUUUAAUUUUGCUAAAUGACUGAAUAGCAAUAGCUUUAAAUGUGUGAGGGAGGUUUGUCUUCGUGGCAGUUACCCACCAGUGAUCGUUGGUGAUGAGCCGUAAGUCUUGACUUGUGCUAAGGAGCACACUUCAUUGAAAUACUUCGGAACACAGUAGGGAAUUUAUAGCUAAGUGAUUUGUUUUCCACUCACCUACUGAGACACAGGAGUGUUGUUUGCUCUGCUUUCAUUUAAUUUGGUCUAUCGACUUUGCUUCACAAAUCUUCCCUAAAUUAUAACAAAGUAAUUAUGAACAUUUCUUACAGAUACCAUUUCUUAAAUUUACAAACCACAAUAGCAAUAAUACCUUUUUUUUUAGUUUGAAUGAGGCCUAGACAAUAUGUGCUCAGAUAAUAUUUCUCCCUGAAAUGAGUCUUUGUUGAAUCGAAUAUGGGGUUUGCAUUUGUCUGCUCUUGCUAAAGCUGGAGCAUUUUAUCAGAGGCACUGCAAUGCUAACACUCCUCUGGUAACAGCUGUUUAGACUCAAUUCCUCCAUCCCUUUCAUUUCAACUAAACCAGUGUUAAAACACUGGUUCUUGAGGACUAUUAUUACGUAUAGAAUGCAACAGACUAUAUCAUAUGGGUAUCAUUGUUGACUGUAUUAUACCUGUGGAAAAGAGGAGUCAGUAGGAGAAUGAUAAUCUUAUGUAAUUACGUUUCUUCCGCUUAUAGAUAAUCAACGACUGAAUAAAAAGAAACAGAACUUUGGUUUGAGGUUAAUCUUAGAACUUUGGAUGUUUUUAGCUAAUGAUGUUGUGAGUUUUAUGAAUGUAUUUGUUUCCUGACUUCAAUGUUAUUUGACAGUGAGAGUUUCCAAAGAACAUAGUAGAAGAGUAUUUUCUUGCAGUAGUAAAAAUUUUGUGAAUCCUCUCCUUUUCAUUCAGCAUCCCAUCCUUUGGUAUUAUAAUGUUGCCUGAACAGAAGUAUCAUAUUAAAAUUCACUACGCUUCUUAUGAUAAUGGUAAAUUGAGAAAAAUUAUAUUGAAAAAAAUUUAUUAAAAGAUGAUGGGACUACAAUGCUAUGAAAUUAAUGUAAGUGGGAAGAAACCCCACUUUGAUAUUUAUUGUGUUUCCUCACUUAAUUCUUUCAUGUUUUGAAACAUGCACAUUAGAUUUUAAGCAUCUGAAUUUCUAUUUUUGAACUGAAAACACAAAUAAGAUCUAUUUCCACGUUACAGUCCUGUAAGAACUUUAAAAUUAAAUGAAGGGAGUUACUGGAAAGAAAGGUUGAUCUUGAAAAUACCAGUAACCUCUUGUGAGAUUACAGAUGGCCAAUUCCAAAUCAUUCUUUUUAAAUCCUGAAACAUAAUUCAGAAUUUAAUUAAAUGCUACAACAAUUGAAAUAAACUGUUCUAAAGUUUUGUUACGUAUAAACUUUAAAUCAAAACACCAUCACAAUUCGUUCACAAACGAAUCUUUGUUGGAUCAAAUAUUUGAAUGCUUGAAGGUCUACAUGACACGCAAAUCACAAAAUUGCUUGCGUCCUACUGGGAGGUACAUUAUAAAAGGAAUGAUGCAGUACAGUGACUGCACUACAGUGUCCUUCUAUCCUCAGAAAAUUUUAAAUUGACAUUCUUAUUGUCUUGCGUGCAGUGCAUUGUCACCUUGAACAUAUAGCUGAACAAAAUUCUGUAUUGCUCCUCAUUUUCAGCAGAGGAAUGAGGAUUAAAUUGCUUGUCUUUCUGUCUUCAGCCUUGCAGCCUAUAAAAUGGCAAACAUAGGAUUCAAAAAGAAAUGGAGUAAGGAGGCGCUGUCAUUUCCUGCUGUAAUUAUAUUUCUAUCUUUGAAAUAUUUUUCUUUUGGGGACUGCCAAUCUUGUGAGACUUCACAACCAUUGAAGUUUUUUGUUGUUCUGUAUUUCUUUAGUUAUUCAGUGGAUCAGAAUAUCAUUACCUAUGAUAUUCUGGCCAAAGGCAAUGUUUCUGUAAUGAAAGCUUAACCAUGUAAAGUGACCUGAAGUUUAAGCAAGUGGAUUUUUUUGUGUGUGUGUGUUAAAUUGCUGCUGCACCUUUUAAUUACUUUUAUUCCCAGUGUGGAAUGUUAUAAAUUGUGCUUGAAGGAGAACAAAAAUGAAUACAAGAAGUCAUGUUAGCAAGGUGAAGUGAGCAUUCAGUUGCAUUUCAGACUAGCAGUAGGAAUAUCUAUUAUGUUUUCUUUUGGUAAUUCCCUCAGAUCACUAUGAGAUUCCUAUGUUUUCUCACCUCAGAAGCAGCUUACAGCUCAAUUCUUACAUCCAUGUAAGAAUUAAGUGGAAUUCAGAGGAUUCCCACCCUCUAUUUUAGUUUAUUUUUACACUUUGUUAUAAAAGACAUAUUUUCUCUUUCCAUUUAGUAACCUGAAAAAUACGUCAUAUGUAGACAGACAGGAUAUAGGAAAUGAACUGACUUCAGCCUCUGGAAUUGCUGUUUUCCUUGACACAAUAAUCAAAACCUUCUAUUAGAGAAAAUCCAGGGUCCUAAACCAGAGCAUCUGUGAUUACAGUAGCCAAAACAGAUGUGUCUAGUACAAAUGCUUUCUGUAAAAGGCCUGUCUUCUGAAAUGUAAAGUCUUUGCUCAAAGCUGAGUACUAAUAAAGAAGUCUUUUCAUUACACCGAGAAUUCAUGUUUUCAUGAAUUCCGUUCAGCAAAGUAAACUUUGCUCAUUAUUUGAAGUUUAGAAAGGUCUUUGUGAAAAUGUUAGUACAAAAUAAGAUUUUAAAUUAAAUCUAAGAAGUCCUGCUGCAGUUAGAAUGGGUGAGGGUGACGCGCAUGAAAAAAAUAAAAAGCCACAAGUAGAAAGCAGUCUUUUAUGAUUUUUUCAAUGACAAUUUAAUAAUUAAUAGAUAUGCUCUGCAUUUCAAGAAAGAGAAUGAGAAAGAAAGAAUACAGAUAGAUAUUACUCUACAUGGUGCAAGUUUUCCAAUUAGCCAUAUGGUACUAUUACUCUACUCAGGUUUUAUGAAGAGCAUGAGUAGAUUAGGAGGGAAUCUCAAAUCCUUCAGUAUGUCAUUCUUCCAGCAUGACUUAUUUGAACGGUGCAUUAGAGGAAGGCAAAGCUAUGUCAUUUUCCACUUCUCCCAAUAGUUUCUGUGGAUAGUUGCUUCUGCUCUGAAGUAUACAUGUGUGGGUAGCUAGGGCCUGGCAGUCAGAAGAUAUUGCGCUGUAACGGAAAGAUAAAACCCCUUUCCGAAUGGCCAAUAGUAUUUAGCCGAGUUUAGCCCAAGAUGACCAAUACUGUUUAGGUUAUAAUGUAAACACACAGAAAUGAUGUUGUAAACCCAAGACUAUAGAAUGCUAUUUUACGAGUUAAUAAACGCCAUUUGCCAUCCACCACAU